AUGGAAGACAACCUUAUCUACAUCCUUUCCUUCCUCCUUUUUCUUAUCACUUUAAAGCUAUUAUUCUUCAGAAAAAGAUACAAAAAUCUACCACCGAGCCCACCUUCUCUUCCGAUAAUCGGAAACCUCCAUCAGCUGAAACCACCACUUCACCGUACCUUCCAAGGUCUCUCACAGAAAUAUGGCCCAAUUUUCUCCCUCAGAUUCGGGUCUCAACUCGUGGUGGUCGUUUCAUCUGCAUCCGCUGCCGAAGAAUGUUUCACCAAAAACGACAUCAUUUUCGCGAACCGUUUUCACUCUCUCAAGUCCAAGUAUCUUGCCUUUAACCACACCACUCUAAUUACAUCAUCAUAUGGCGACCACUGGCGCAACUUACGUCGUAUCAGCUCACUCGAGAUCCUCUCCACUCACCGUCUCAACUCCUUUUUGAGAAUCCGAAAGGACGAGACCGCGAGGUUGCUUCGAAGACUGUCUGAGGGCUCUUAUAAAGAUUUCACAAAAGUGGAGCUCAAGUCCAAGUUUUCGGAGCUAACAUUUAACAUUAUCAUGAGAAUGGUCUGUGGUAAACGCUAUUACGGCGAGGAAUAUGAUGGGACUAACGCCGAGGAAGCUAAGAAGUUUAGAGACGUUAUGAAUGAGAUGGCAGCGUUCGGUUUGGGAUCGAACCUCGGGGAUUUUGUGCCUGUUUUCAGGUUGUUCGAUUUUAAUGGUGACCGUAAGAAUAUAAAAAGGGUUGGGGAUAAGGUGGACGCGCUUUUCCAAGGACUCAUCGAUGAGCAUCGGAAUAAGAAGGAGUGUUCAAAUACCAUGAUAGAACAUCUACUUUCCUCACAAGAAGCACAGCCUGAGUAUUACACUGAUCAAAUUAUCAAAGGACUUGUUAUGGUGUUGAUAGUGGCUGGAACAGAAACUUCCGCAUCGACAUUAGAGUGGGCGAUGUCAAAUCUGUUAAACCAUCCAGAGGUGUUGGAGAAAGCAAGGAUUGAAUUGGACAAUCAAGUUGGACAAGAUCGUUUGAUGGAGGAAUCGGAUGUUACCAAAUUACCGUACCUUCAGAAUAUAAUCUCCGAGACUCUGCGAUUGUAUCCUGUGGCGCCACUCCUGGUACCUCAUUUCUCCUCCGAUGACUGCACAGUGGGAGGUUAUGAUGUGCCACGUAAGACGAUGCUAAUGGUAAAUGCGUGGGCCAUCCAUAGGGACCCACAGCAGUGGGAUGACCCAACAAGUUUUAAGCCCGAGAGGUUUGAGAACGGUCAAGCGGACGCGCAUAGCCUCUUCUCUUUUGGAAUGGGGAGGAGGGCAUGUCCUGGGUCAGGGUUGGCCCAUAGGACUCUAGGCUUGACUAUAGGCUCGCUGAUUCAAUGCUUUGAGUGGAAAAGGAUUGGAAAGGAAGAAAUUGACAUGACCGAAAGAGCCGGAACUGUGAUGCCUAAGGCCAUUCCAUUGGAGGCCCAAUGCAAAGCGCGUCCAAUCAUCAGCAAGAUUUUCUCGGAACUAUAGAAGACGCUCAAAUGGGUUUUUUUUGACCCUUUUGCCCCUUAUUAAUUAAUUAAUAACCAAUUUGCCCCUGAUCAA